CUCUGGAAGCGGUCACGUGACACCUGCCCGUCGCGUCGCGCGUGCACGACGUCGACGCGCCUUGUUUUGGCUCAGGGACUCAGUGGCGGGCGCCUCCACACGACUUUAGACUGAGCCAGGGCGACCGACGCCCUCCGCACCUAUCGCCGGCUGGCCGUCGUCACGCUCAACUCAUUUCUACAGUGCUUUGACACAAUUGGCGUCGCUGGCCGAUAUGGACAAGAGCCGCGCGGUGGCGGACGUUGAUGCGGUGUCCUUGCGAGGUCCUGGCGCAUCUACCCCCAUCCUGGCACGUGCGGACGAGCGGGUGGCAGCGUACCGCGAUCUGGCGGCUCUCCCCCGCGACAAAGCCAUCCUGGAGGUGGAGCGACCCGACCUCAUGACCUACCGACCUCACCUGAGCUUCUCGCCGCUGGAUGGACCGCGUCGACAGCGCUCUCUGUCACCCCCGGCUGUCUCGCCCGCCUCGUCUCCCGAGGCCAAAGGACGGCGUGCGGAAAGCGAAAGUGGCUCCCCCGGAGGCUCUGUGCUUCAACUGCAGUCGACCGGACGCAAGAUGAGCGCCAGUCUGCAGCACUUCCACCGUCCAGAUAAUGGGACAAACAUCUAUAGAAAGCCUCCCAUUUACAAACAAGGUUCAAAACCCGCCGCCGACGGCGUCGUCCAGGCGGCCAAGUUCCCUGCCGCUCAGCCUCCGGAUCCCGACCAGCCGUCCAAAAUCGAAACCGACUUCUGGCCGUGCCCCCCGUCGCUGGCUUCUAUGGAAAUCGAGUGGCGGAGGAAGAAAGCAGAGGAAGAGGAGGACGACGACGACUUUGAGGACCUGACAGCCGAAGCCAAGGCACUGCAGGAACAGGAGCUGGAAAAGAUCAAGUCCAACCUGGGUCGUCUCAUCCUGCGCGAGGAGAAGGAGAAAGGUGGCGGCGACUUCCGGCGAAAGACACGAUCACUGCCCGACAGGACGCACGCGCACAGCAGUCUGUCGGCGAACGCAUCCAAAUCACCGUCACGUUCUAAUUCUGGGCUGAGCAGAAGGCAGUCGGCCGAGUUUUCCGCUGAAGCAGAUGUCACCAAUGGUAUGCGUGUGUACGGACAGAACGGCGCCACCCAGCGUGAUCAUCUGGACCGUGGGACAUCGCUGCCAAGCAUCUUGGAGCAGAAGGUGUAUCCAUACGAAGCGCUGGUGGUGACCCACAGGGGGCGCUGCAAGCUGCCUCCCGGCGUGGACCGAAGCAGAUUGGAGCGACAUCUGGACCCCGAGCAGUUCCUGCAAGUUUUCGGCAUGAGCGCGUCCGAGUUUGAACGCCUGUCGCUAUGGAGACGGAACGAACUCAAGAAGAAGGUGUCGCUCUUCUGAGAGGAAGCGACAUCGCGGCGGAACGACCGCGUCAUUUCCUCACCGGCCUAGCGCUUACAUACCGCCGCCACCGAAAUACUCGCGGGAGCCAAAUAUUGCUUGCUAUCCACACACAUGGCACGCAAACAUACACACCACGGCACGUCACACACUAGAAAACAAACGCACAAAGAUGCUCACGCCGACAAACAAACACGCACGGACAAAAACACAACUGGAAAACAAACACACAAAAAGGAUCUGUCAGAUGCAAACAUAAAACGAUGGACAGUCACACAAAUAUGCAAAAACACACAUCCAAAAACUGCACUCUGACAAAAACACACACACCAGUACAAAUACACACACGCAAAAGGAAAGGGGAAGUUCAGAAUUUUUGACAUCCGGCUUAAGCUUCGAGUUAGCGAGGGUUUAAUUAAUCGGUGGAGUUGCUUUUAGCAAAUUCCAUGUAUUUUGUUCAUUAUUUGUUAGUUUUAGGGCUCUGGAGUGGCUAAGCUAGUGCUAGUCAAUCAGGCCGACUUAGCUUACCAAUAAAAAAACAACAUAUGCACACAUGAUUAUCGUCGAUGACCCAUGCAAUCAAUAGUGUUCGCUAUGUUUUUGGGAUAAAAUUAUUAAAACUUACCAUUGCAUGUCAAUAAUUGCAGCAUGAACAGCAACAUUUGUAAUCCAGAAGCUCUGCAGAGGAGCAGGGCGGAGUGAGAUCACAUCGUUUUUUUUCACCGCUCAUUUUUUACGUCGAAGCUAGCAGCAACCAGUUAAUAUUGUUCCUCGUUCUUCAUAGGGAGUUUGUGGAAAUUUUCCUUUGCCCAUUUCUUCUGUCUGUUUCCACAGCCUCUAAAUGCACAUUUCAUCACGUUGCCGGCUGUCAGUUAACUCAGCAGACUGAUGCUGUAUUCGAGAAAAGUGGGAAGUCACAGUUUCCAACCGCCGAUCUUGAGAAAUAUCAAUGAAGCGCCAGCACUAUUUGAUCACUUACAGGCAGUGUUGGGAAUAACGCCGUUACAUAACGGUGUUAUUUUUUUAGUAACGGGUUAUCUAACUAAUGACUUUUUCCACCGUUACAACGCCGUUACCGUUACUAACGGUCAAAAGUGGUGCGUUACUUACUCUGAAUAACUACCAGCCGUAGCGAGUUUACUCUGCUGUUUAUUUGUCAUCCAAGACUUUGGGUGCAUUCAGGUUCAUGGCAAUGAAAAUAGUAAACACACAUAGCCUACCUUUGCAAGAACGAUGUAGUUGCCGUUUGAUACGGUCGUAAUGUGCAGGUCCUGCACCCAUCCGCAGCAAAACUGUUCGUAGCUUUGUAGCGAUUUGUAAUUUCGGAACCGCUGAUGAGUUUAGUAACCUACACCAAACAAUAAAUACAGCAGAAUGUCCAUUUCGCGUAAUUGUGGAAGCCCGUCGACAUCUUUACUCCAUUUGUCUUCGGCUUGCUCGUAAGGGUCAACAUUGUUCACAUCCUUAAGUUUGGUCACAUAUCUGUUCUUCGCCUAGUAACGAGUUUGUCUCUUUAUCGAACUGGCAAGUUAAGGUUUAAUGUCCCGCGAGCCAGACCUGCUUCCAAUAUGGCUGCGUUGUUGUCAAAUCUCACGUGAUUCCCCCAUUCUGUGACAUAAACGCUCGAGCCUAAUAGCGCACGUACUUCAUAGCCGGUGUUUUCACACACAAACCGGAACAGCGUGUGCGGCAACCACACACACGCAAAACAGAUGCAGAGGGAUAUGAUGGCAGAGCAUUCAGAGGAAAAUUUGUCCUUUACGAGGUGGAGAUAAAAACACUAUUUCAAGUUGGUCGAAAUUAAAGGAAAGAAUGUGCAUGUAAAGUGUAAUUUAUGUCCCGGGGCAAAAGCUUUUGUCAACAUCCGUGGUAAGCUAUUCAAAUCUGUUUAUUUUUGUUUUACUUCAAGUGUAGGAUAAAUCUGUUGCUGGUGAGGUGCAAUAAAUAUUACAAGGUUCAACUACCUGUCUGUUCUUCUCUAUUCAACUGACUCGAAUACUGCUCAGAAAAUUUCAAAUUCUUUGACAUACAACAACUUUUUAAAGUAACGGAAAUAGUUACUUUCCCUGGUAACUAGUUACUUUUACUAUAGAGUAAUUCAGUUACUAAUUCAGUUACUUUUUGGAAUAAGUAGUGAGUAACUAUAACGAAUUACUUUUUUAAAGUAACGUGCCCAACAGUGCUUACAGGUUUGCUAGUGGUCAAAAUGUCUUUUGAUGGCCAAGAUAAAAAAACAACUUGUAAAAACAGUCGCUUUACAAGUGGCUUGGAAAGCUUUGAGGUCACAACUGGUACCUUCCUCGAAUGCACCGUCAGCAUGAGUGGCCAAAGCACUCCUCAACAGAUUGAGGUCUAGGUAUUACGCAUUUAAAUUUUUUUUUUUUUAAAGUCCAGCAGAAUAAAACUAAUAACGGCAGUUUUUUUGUGACAUUGUUUUGGAACAAUGAUUGGCAUUUUGAAAUUUUUUGACUAUGUUGGAGCUCUUCGUAGAUCUGUAUCGUUUUUUUAUUGGCAUGCUUAGUCGGCCCCAUCGGCUUACGCUAGCUUAGCCACUCCGGAGCCCUAAAACUAACAAAUAACUUCCAAACUGCACGGAAUCUGUUGAAAUCAACUCCGCCAACUAAUUAAACCCCCGCAGACUCGAAGAUGAACCCUAAUGUCAAAAUUUCUGAACUUUCGUUUUAACCACCCAAAGAACACUCAGAAAAAUUACACACAGUCUGAAAUUUAGACACACCGCAAUCACCUAAAAAAAAAUAACACACAAAACACCCCUGCAAAAACAACCAAUAAAAGAAACACAUUCCACACACAAGCAGGCAAAUGAACAUGAAACACCCUAACAAAAACGCACGCACCUUAACCCCUUCAAAAAUACAUAGAAAAAUCACUCUACCCCAAAAAAAAAAUACAAUCACUCAGAAAAACAAACACAUUAAACGACGCAAAAAGACACCUAAGAAUACUUCCAACAAACAUGCAAACACCAUGACAAAAAUGCAAAGACACACACCAAGAAACACCCACAAAAGUCGCACUCUUAAAAAAACAUACACUGACAUAAACACACUCCAAAACAAACGCACACAUACGCAUUGACUCACGUCAUGGACAGCUAUGCACACAAUAGGUCGCCAUUGUUACCGCUGCAUGUGACGUCAUCACCUUUUAAAAGAGGAGGAGACAUGUCCACGCUCUUAGUUUGAAAAGCCCGUCUUUUGCCGUAUUCUGACGGGUCUGUCAUUUUGGUCCAUAAAAAGCCGGCCGCCUCGUCACGAUAAAACCCCCGCGCGCCCUCGCUCGUCAUUUACGUCAUCAAAAUAAAGACUUUUAUCGUGAAGGCUUGUGUGCAUUUUUUCUCGGUGUUUUGCGGUCAGGCGCUUUACAGAAGUGGACGUCUGAUCCAUUUGAAGUGGGAUGAUUGGCAUGUGAUAUUGGACGUUUAUCUCUGUCAGCGUCUUAAUAAAGUGCUGAAAUUGACAAUAAACUUGGAGUUAAAUAUUCCUCCAAAAAAGUUCAAAAAAUUCCAAUGUGGACCUUUUUUUUUUAAUUU